AUGGAAAUUGAGCACAUUAUCCCGUUAAGAACGGCCAUCACUAUGUUGAGUCUGUUGCUUCUGGUGAAAUUGCCAGCAAUCUCUUCCUCUGAGUUUGUUAUACAGUCCAAGGUUUGCAGUGAUCACAUUGCCUAUACAAAAUCUUAUGGUCAUGAACUGUAUUACAUAAAUGGGAAUUCAGUAGAGAAAGCUUUAUUCUGUACGGCACUUGAGACAUACUAUGCAAAUGGUUGCAUUUUGGAGGGCUACCUUGGCAUUAACCAUUGUGUAUCAGACCGUUCACUAGUUGGUUUUCGCUUGAGGACAGGAAGGAAACUUUUGCAAAAGGAGUCAAGGGAUAAAUCCACAUCCUACGAUAGAGAAGAAAAGAACGGCGUUGCAUCUGUAUCCAUGACCAAAAAAGUUGGAAUGGCAGUAGGUGCAAUGUCUUUGUUAUGUUGUGUUUUCAUGUGUCCCUGCAUUUAUAAGAAAAGGAGAGAAGCUGCUCACAAAGUUCUUGCUAAGGACCCAAAUUCAAUGGAUUCAGCUUCUUCUUUUGAAGUGAAUUCUGCUCCUGAAAAGAUCCCGGCUAGUCCGCUUCGUGUGCCACCUAGUCCUAGAUUUUCAAUUUCUCCAAAACUCAGUAGACUUGGAUCAGUACAUCUCAGUCUGAGUCAGAUUGCCAAAGCAACCCGCAACUUCUCUCAAUCACAACAAGUAGGUGAAGGAGGUUUUGGAACUGUCUACAAAGCCAGGCUAGACGAUGGCCAAGUGGUUUCUAUAAAACGAGCUAAGAAGGAACACUUUGAGAAUUUGGAAACUGAAUUCAGUAGUGAAGUUGAACUUCUGGCCAAAAUUGAUCAUCGGAAUCUUGUAAAGCUACUAGGUUAUGUUGAUGAAGGAAAUGAGCGUCUUAUCAUUACAGAGUAUGUGCCAAAUGGUACUCUUAGAGAACAUUUGGAUGGUCAGCACGGGAAAAUCCUAGAGUUCAAUCAGCGACUUGAAAUUGCUAUUGAUGUUGCUCAUGCCUUAACCUAUCUUCAUCUAUAUGCAGAAAAGCAAAUCAUUCAUCGAGAUGUGAAGUCGUCCAACAUUCUUCUGACAGAAAGCAUGAGAGCCAAAGUGGCUGAUUUCGGAUUUGCAAGGCUUGGUCCGGUGGACUCGGAACAAACACACAUUUCAACCAAAGUGAAAGGAACUGUCGGUUACCUCGACCCCGAGUAUAUGAAAACCUAUCAACUCACCCCCAAGAGUGAUGUUUACUCAUUUGGGAUAUUACUUAUAGAAAUCAUAACUGGCCGUCGUCCAGUGGAGUUGAAAAGAUCUGUUGAAGAGCGGGUGACACUCAGAUGGGCCUUCAAGAAGCUGAAUGAAGGAAGGAUGGUGGAAUUGGUUGAUCCUGCAUUGGGGGAAGUUGUAGAUGCAGAGGUAGUGGUGAAAAUUUUUGAUUUGGCUAUCCAGUGUGCUGCCCCCAUUCGAGCUGAUCGGCCAGACAUGAAAUCAGUGGGAGAGCAGUUGUGGACAAUAAGAGCAGACUAUCUUAGAAGUGUCAAGAAAGGCUAG